AUGAUUAAAAAAGUUCAAUAAAAUCUGAUAUUAAUUUUACAUAGUUUUUUUAGGUUUAAUUUAAUUAUCCCUCUAUCUUUGAGAAUAUUUUUUUUUAGACAAUUAAAAAAUUUUAAGCUUUAAACAAUUUAUUUUUUGAAGUAUUUUCAUCAAUAUAUCUUAAAACUCUAAACAGAUAGAAAUUUUACACUUAUUCAUGGAGCUAUUAGAUCAAAAUAAUAAUCAUUAAGAGAAGCUGCUCUAGAUUUAUUUAGUGAAAUUUUAAAAGAAAUUGCCUAAAGAGAAUGUAUUUAUUUAAUUAUUAAAUAUAGAAUCAUAUUAAGAUUAUUUAGUUAAAAUAUAUAUUGAUGAAAUAGAAUCAAAAAAAAAAUCAAAAGAGGAAGAAUAUAUUCAUGGAAAUAUUAUGAUGAUUAAAAUUCUUCUAACAUAUGCUAAAUAAGAUGUAACAUAUAAUCAUUAAUAAAAAUAGAUAUUUUCAUAAAAUUAAAUUUACGAUUAAGGAGAAUAUGUGCUAUCUAAAAAAGAUCACAAAUCAUCUAUUAUUAAUAAGGCUGUAAUUGAGACUUUACCGAUAUUAGCAAAACAUGCUAAGCAUAAUGCAGUCUAAGAAUUUAUGGAAUAAAGCAUAUCUUUUCUAUUAUCAUAAACUAAGUAAGCUAGGUCUGUGAAGGAUAAAAGUCUACCCUAUAUGACUUUGGCAAUGCUUAUUUUAUUUUUAAAUGAAAAUAUGUUACAAGACCUAAUUAGAAAAGUUAUUUUACAUAUUUGA